GCAGCCUAAUGCAGAACUUUCUAACUUUAAGCUAUGUUAAAAUGUUGUGUCUCAGGUCCUGCCACAUUGGCUACGCGUGUUGGGGAGAGAAAGGGGGUGGCACCCUUCAGUUAAAACCUGCAAGGGGCCGCUGAAGCCUCAAGGUACUGUGCAAAAAUCCAGUUUAUCCGUAGGUAAGGCUGGUCCUGCUGAGAACAGUAAUAGGCUGUUUACUGAAGACUGGGCGGGGAAAGCCACUCUCUGGUAUGACAAGCUUGGACGGGGUUGUACAACUUGUAGUUCCUCACUGCUGAACAGCAACAGCCUUUGCAUGUCCGCAGUCUGGGUUAAAAGGAGACAAAGACGGAUACAUCUUAAACCAAUGCACUUUAAUUUAUUAUAAAACUUACCGAAUCGACAAGGAGUAACAGGAUGCAUUUAUUUAACUACAUUUUGCACUGAAGGAAAUGUAUACGCGUUAGCCACCAGAAGCACGAUCUGUGAAGCUCUGAUUAUAGUUAAAGUUGAAAACGCUGCGUGGAUUAAAGACUCGAGUUUUGUUGGAAUAGUCCGUUAUUAUAGCGCUUUAAGAAUGCAGCAUCAUUUGGAGCUGGGGGCUCAUUAUUUCCCACCAGAACCCCAUCCUGACCACAGGUCCCAUCGCUACAGGAGUUUUAUGAUCGAGGAGAUCCUGACUGACCACCCGGACCACAAAGUUUCAGCCCCCGCGGGAGAGUUGCUCAAGUUUGGAGUGCAGGCUCUGUUGUCAGCGAGACCCUACCACAAUCACUUAGUUCUAAAGGCAGACCAGUCUAGUGUUUUUAAAUUCCCCAUGGCCCCUCUGUCCUGCUCGCUGGGCGCUCCUCUCGGAUCGGCGCUGUUGUCCGGGGGAUCGAGUUCUCAUCACCUGCCAUUGGACCUUCACCUUCGGAGUAAACUGGACCCGGGGUCAGAUCUAACCAACAAGUCAAAAAAAGGCAGGAGAAGUCGGACUGUCUUUACUGAAUUACAGCUAAUGGGGCUGGAAAAAAGAUUUGAGAAACAAAAAUACCUCUCAACACCAGACAGAAUAGACCUUGCAGAAUCACUGGGUCUCAGUCAACUGCAAGUAAAAACAUGGUACCAGAACAGAAGAAUGAAAUGGAAGAAAAUAGUUUUGCAAGGUGGAGGCCUGGAAUCACCCACCAAACCUAAAGGGCGCCCCAAGAAAAACUCAAUUCCAUCCAGUGAACAGCUUUCAGAGCAAGAACGAUCAAAAGAAGCAGAGCGACAGUCAGAAGGAUCUUCUUCGUCACAUUCGGACGUCAAUCAGGAGGAAUAAACUGAUAUCCUGCUGCAGACCGUCAGCGUGUGGACUAAUGAGACAGUAGCAAUCAAAUGCCUUCUCAAAUGAGAGGAAACUGUGAUUGCACCUCCGCCGCUUGCAGUCUGGAACUAAUAUAAUAACUGAUGUGCCAUAUCUUAUAUUGUAAGUAUUGUAAGCGUCUAGUUUUUUUUUUUUUUCGCAAUAUGGACCCUUCAUUUGUUUGUUUUUUUUUGUUUGUUUUUUGUGGGGUAAACUCAUAUGAUGCAAACCUAUACAUUUGUUUACAGUGGAGGAUACAAAACAAAUUACUUUAAUUGAAGAAGAUAAGUCUAUGGUCAGUAGAUCACAGCUUUUUUAAUUUCCAAUAUAUUUAAGGGUAUUAUUUCUGACCCUCACAUGAACACACAUUUUCUUCCUAUAAAAUAGUCUAUGCAUUUCACCAGAGAGUGUUUUCUUUUUUUUUUUUCAAGAAACUGCAAGCAUCGAGUAUUUGUAUUGUUUCUGUUCUGUGGUAGGCUCUAUUUUUUUACAUACUGUAUAUGCAAUAAAAAAGGUACUUAAUGCUAGCUGUAAUAAGCGGAAGAGUUAUUGGGGCAUUCCUUAUUUAAAUAUAUUUAUAUAACAUUAUACAUAAGGUCAUGGCAGUUAGCCAGUAGGUAGGGUUCUGUUUAUAUUCAAAUGUGCCCAAUUUUCUUGAAUGUCAUUAUCAGUCUACUGUAACAAAUUGAGAUAAACUGUAAAUAACACCGGUCUCAUUUCGCUCUUCUAGCCUUUCGAUUCCCUACAUUGCCUGCAUGAUGUUUUCUGUUCUGUUUGGUUUCUUGUUAUAAAAUAAAUAUUUCUAUAUUUUAAAUCACCCUUUAACUCAUAUGUUACUUACCUUUUUUUUUUUUUCUUAUUUCACACAACGCUUAUGAACUUCUAAUUAUUUAGAUUAUUAUUCUUGUUUGAAAAGCACGUCAUUUCCAAAUACUGCCUAUUGUUACAUUUGUAAAAAAAACAGUGGUCAAUGCAAAGAAAGGGCAUUUGUUAAAGCACU